AUGCUACGAGCGACUACAUUGCUCAAAGGAUUUGCUGAUGAGACCAUACUGGAAGACAUUCCAUUCACCCUGGACGGCGACACAUAUUCCAUGCGAUGGAGCCGCUCGACAGCUGACGGCCCGCCCGACGUCCGCGGCAUCCCCCCGCUUGACUACACCAUGUAUCUCCUGAAUACCGUCAAGUUUCACCUGGGUCAAGUUCUCCGCCUCUUCGACGAAGAAGAGUGCGCAGCGCAGAUCGAGCAGUUCUACCAAGACCCGCGCAAGAAGAUCGAGGAAUCACGGUUGUGGUACAUCCAAUUGCUUCUCAUCCUUGCGUUUGGCAAAGCUCUCGUGUCGCCUGGCCCGAAGAGCCAUAGCCCGGCCGGGUUUGAAUUCUUUGCACGCGCAAUGUCCAUCAUGCCGGAUGCGCCUGACGUACGUGCCGACCGGGUUUUGGCCGUUGAAGUACUUGCACUCGUCGCCCUGUAUCUCUACUGCGGAGACAUGAAAGAGUCAGCUUACGCGUAUAUAGGACAGUCUGUGCGUGUUGCACUUUUAGCCGGGUUGCAUACACGGCUGCCAACCGAGAAACUCGGAAGCAAGAUUUCGGGCCGCUACCAUGAUCUUUGGUGGACCGUGUAUAUUCUUGACCGCCAUCUGUCUUCAACAAUCGGCUGUCCGACAACGGUGCACGACGACGAUAUAUCGGCGCCAUGGCCGGCUCUGAAUUCAUCAUCCCAAAAGGAUACUAUAUUCAGUCUCCAUGUGCAAGUGUCCCGCCUUGCCUCAAAGGUUUUACGGACCGUCUACAUCCCAGAGACAAGCAUGAGCAGAUCGUUCUUCGAGCAGACAAAAUCAGCAUUGAGGUCAUUGGGCCAACUUGCUCGGGAGCUUGAGGAUACCACGGGCCGCAGACUAAGAAGUGCAGUGGAUAUUGACUUGACGGCCGUCACGCACAUCACACUUUCCUAUCACCAGUGCGCUAUCUUGACCACACGUCCCGUCCUGCUAUCUCUACUCAAGGAGAGAAUAAACAAGCACUCGGAGCAGCACGAUUCAGGCCAGGUGCCCUCCCACUACAAGCCUCUUAUCCAGACGUGCGCAAACUCUGCCGUCAAGGUCAUUGAGCUACUGACAGUGCAACUCGAGAAUCAUAUGCUCCAGACAUUCCUUCCAUUCCAUUUGGAAUUUGUGUUUUCUGCAUGUAUCGUCGUUUUGAUCGUGCAAGCACUCCUUCCACGGAUGAUUCCCGACCGAGGCCUGAAAGAAAGGGCCGACGCCAUCCUCGAAGAAAUGGCCACCCGAGGAAACCGACCUGCUCGAUUCCGUCAAGUUGAACUCAAGCGCCUCCAAGAUCUGCUAUGCAAGCUGGGUGACGGCACUCCACCUACGACCUUUGCCGAUCCUACCUCUCAAACGGUCCUCUCCCCGCAGCUGCCUCAGGCUGCUUCAAUGGCCCUCGAGGAUAUGUCCAUCGAGCCCUUCGAGAUCUGCGAACAUCCGAAUCGUGACAUGCACCAAGGAGGUAGUUCGGAUGACAUGAGCGGCCGUGGUGGUGGGUUCCUUACCAGCUACGGUCUUUCCUCCGACGCGAUACUUUCCAUUGCGGACCAAGUCAGACUCAACGACCUUUUUCUUGAGCCGAGCAGCCUCGAUGAGUCGUGGCUACCUUGA